UAUGAUCACAAUUAACCCUUCUGCAUCACCGCUCGAAAUGCGCGAUGUACUCAAAAUACUUAACGUCCAUAAUAACUUGCGUCGGCAAGACUUUUACUGUUGGUUCUAAUGAAGAAUAAUGUUACAGGAUUACCAAAAUUAUUUAUUUUCCUCAAACUUUAACAAAAAAAAUUAUCGUGUCUUAUUCCGUUCUUUGUAAUAAGUGAGAGUUUUUGUUCGCGGAUUAUUACGUCAAAUGAUGCAAAAGGGUUGAAAGUCGAAAGUGGAAUGCUCGGGUUUUCUUUAUAAAAUAAUUAAUGAAAACUGGACAGAUUUAGAAAAUGUCAGCUGCAUCGGUUUUAAGUUCAAAAUAGCUGAUGCAGUAUUUUCAAAUAAACUAAAGGAAGCGUAGAUGACAGAAACGCAUAUCAAAGAAAAACGCUAAAAACUAAAUUCAAGUAUAGCACCUCUAAGGUAGAUCAAAUUAGACGUAACUGAUCACUGGACUACGAUUGAUAAUAAAGGAAGAUUCAGGUUUCCAAAACUCGUCAGGACAGACAUGGAUGUAUCGCACCAAAGAUUUAACUUUUGUAACUACCAGCAUUUAUUGUCAAUGAUCACGCCUGCGAAAUCAACAUUCGAAAAGGUCAAUACCCAUAAAAAUAACGGCUGGUCAAUCGUCUUUACUGACGGAUCUAGAACGGAAGGCAAUGUUGCAUUCAGCAUAACAUCCGAAGAUGGCAUAUUUUUAAGUUUAAAAGCCAUGUUCCCUUACUCUUCUAUAUUCUCGGUAGAAGCAGCGGCAAUACACGAAGCUAUGGUGUUAUCUAUCCAGAAAAAGACGAAUACCAUAAUAUGCUCCGACAGCUUGUCAGUCAUCCAAGCGGCUAGUAAUCACACUUGUAACAAAUGGGAAACUGUUAAUCAAAUAAGGCAUUCGCUAAUAAAAAACAGUAAAUCAAUAAAACUACUGUGGGUCCCAGGACACACAGGUAUCGAGGGAAACACUUAUGCCGAUAAUGCAGCGAAAUUCGCUUGCAAUGCCCCAAUUAUAAUCAGCCCGAAAACAGAAAGACUCGAUAUAAAACGACAUAUAAAUACAUGCAUAAUACACAAACAGCGGCAGUCAUUAAAAAACUACAAACAUUAACACUAUUCCAAUAUUGAUAAGAAUGGAAACCCUCCCCUCUACCCAACAAAUAUACACGGAUUUAAAACCCGAAUAUUUUCCCGCCUUCGCCUAGGCCACACAACACAGACACAUGAACAUAUCUUAAAAAAAGAAAAUCACCCUAUCUGUACAAGCUGCAACACAAACCAAACAUUGGACCACAUCCUCAACAAAUGUCCAAAUCACGUUAACGCAAGAAAAGAAAUACUAAACUCAGAACAAAUAAGCGACAUCCUCGCCAUUCCCAGUCACUCAAAUAUCGAAAAAAUAAGCAAAUUCAUUAAAACUAUCGAAAUGACAAUAUAACAAAUAAUCCACACAGCCACAGACGACACAGAGCUGAUGGCCUCUGCAGCCAAUGCUCAAACAUAAUUUUAGUACUGGUAUUCAUACCAGUCACUAAAUAAUAAUAAUAAUAAAUAGAUUCGAUAUUUUUUUUGUUUUUUGCUGAAUUUUAUUUGUUAUACCCUGAAAUUCAAUAAAAAUAUGCUUAUAUGCUAACACUAAUACUUAGUUUUUAUCAUUAAAAUAAGUGAUUUUUUUAUUUUCAUUGCU